UCGGGGCUCGGGCCGGGGGCGCGGAUCCGCACCGGGGGGCCCCGAGCCCCCUGCCCACCCCCGGGGCCGACCGGGGGCUGCCCCACCCAGCAGCCGGUGCUGCGGCGGCCGCGGGGCAGAGGGGCGGCCAAGGGGGGUCCGGGCUGGGAGCGGAGGGAAUGCGGGAGGAAGAGGAGGGAGAGGAGCGGGAGCGGGAGAAUCCCGCCGCUCGCAGCGCCCGCACGCUGGGGCUGCAGCACCCCCUGCCCCGGGAGCAUCGCCCCCAGCCCCGAGCCGCAGGGGAGGGCCGAGGCCGAGCUCGCCCCGGCUCUGCCGAGGGGUCUCCGGGAGGAUUUUUUUGGAGAGUGUUGGGAGGCGGCGGAUCCCGGACUCGAGCCCCGGAUAUCUCCGGGCUCCCUACGAGGAGCUUUUUCGGGGGGAGAGGAGCCGCGAUCGCCCCUCGGGAGGGUCCCGGGGGGUCCACGCGGGGCUGGCCCGUUUGAAGAGAUUGUCCUUGAGUCUCCAGCUGGAACAGGAUUGUUUUGUCCUCACCACUCUGUGAAAAGAUCCCAGGAACACUUAAUAUAAAGCUAAAAGCUGCACACCAAAACAGAACAGAACAACUUAAAACCUAAGGAUUUCCCAUUCCCAAACCUUCGCCAGAUGGAGGAGGAGGCUGCAAAGAAGACGAAGAUUCCUUGGGACACCCAGGCAGACAAGGAGCUGAGGAUGGAGACCAGGGAGGACAAAUCCCCACAGCAGAACCUCGUGGAAGAGGCUGUUUUGAGCGGCUCCUCAGUGCAGGAAUCCAACAGGGAGGAAAAGCCCCAGAGAUCCUGCAGGACGAGGAGCUCCAAACUCAGCCCAGGGUGCUCUGAGGAGGAAAGACCCAGCCUGUGCCAGGAAGGUGGAGAGAGCUUCAGCCAGAGCUCAGAGCUGGAGGUUCAUGAGCAGCUUCCUGACAGGGAGAUGCCCCAUGAGUGCUUGGAGUGUGGGAAGAGCUUCAGGAAGAGUUUCAACCUGAUCUGCCACCAGAGGAUCCACACUGGGGAGCGGCCCUACGAGUGUGGGGAAUGUGGGAAGGGCUUCAGCCACAGGUCCGACCUGAUUGUCCACCAGAGGUUCCACACUGGGGAGAGGCCCUACGAGUGCCCCAGCUGUGGGAAGAGGUUUCACACCAGCUCCCAUCUCCUUGUACAUGAGCGGAUUCACACACAGGAGAGGCCCUUCCACUGCCCCGACUGCGGGAUGGGCUUCAGGCACAACUCCACCCUCGUCACCCACCGGCGCAUCCACACUGGGGAGAGGCCCUACGAGUGUCCCCAGUGUGGGAAGAGCUUCUCAGACCGCUCAUUCUUUACCCGUCACCAACGGAGGCACCGGUAAGGGAAGCCCUGCAAGAGCCUCGACUGCAGGAAGAGCUUCAUGCACUGCCCUAACUCCAUCCCCAUCGGGGGACCCACAUUGAGAAGUGCCCUGGUGAACCACUUUCCCAGUGAAACACGCUGGGAAGUGGCUGGUGUUCCUUUUAUUUUGCCUCUAAUUAUCAUUUGAUUUAUCUUACUCCCUACAAAACAAAGAAAAUUGGGGUAAAAAUCUACCAAUUCAUCAAAGGCAUCUAAAGCCUCACAUUUUACUUGUGUUUUG